GGAGGUUGAGUAAUAUUCGAAUUAUUUCAAUGGCUCGUUUCCUGAUCUUCUUUCUACUAUUCUCAGUUGCUCGGCCUAGUGUUAAGGCCCAGGAGAUGCUAUCAUGUAGCGAAGUUGGCCUUAUGGUAAGCCCGUGCUUGGCGUAUCUAGCCGGCCUGGCUCGGGAACCUUAUGGCCCGUGCUGUGGUGCUGUGGUUGCUUUGUCCCGCACCGUUCUUACCGGGCCGGAUCAAGCAACAGUAUGCAGGUGUCUUAAGGGCAUUGCCUCUCGCUUACCGGUUGUAAAUGUCGCACGUGCCGCUGCCCUCCCACGUGCCUGUGGAGUCACUGGCAACGUCACCAUCUCCCCCUCCGUCGACUGCAGCCGUCUUUUGGCACCUUGAAUAUGAAUGAAUUGAGGAUGGAGAAGAAGAUUGUUGAAGAAUAUUUGAUUAGGAACUUCUCUAAUAAGAGUAUUUAGGUCAACUUUGUUUUUCGGGAUAUGUAAUGAGCUCAAUAAUGAACUUUUAAGUGUGUUUGCUUCUAAUAUUUCUAGUAAUUUAACUCUGUCAAAGUUGUGUUUGUUAUGGUGAAUG